AUGGAAUCUUGGAGACCAAGAAGCCCAGAGACUAGUUUAUCAAGUGAUGAGGAUCAAGUCAAAGAUCAUGAUCAAGAUUCGGGUUCUACUACGGCGAAACGAAGCUACGAAUGCACAUUUUGCAAGAGGGGUUUCACCAACGCUCAAGCCCUGGGAGGUCACAUGAAUAUCCACAGGAAAGACAGAGCCAAAGCAAAGCAACUCGUCUCAGGUACUUCAUCACUAAAUUCAAACCACUACUCAAAUGAGGAUCAAUACUCCUCUUUGAGUACAUAUCAUCAUCAACAAUUUAGUACUGCACCAAUUUCAAGCCAGGCGGGUUCAGGGUACUAUCCGGUUGUGGAUCAGAGGAAUUACCAGAUGUAUUUUCAGCCAUCUGGGUCCAGCCCUAGAAUCCCAUAUGGUUAUGACCAUGAUGAUUCAAUUGGGUCAAGGCAUCAGUCUUUGGGUGUGAACCAAGAACUCUGGGGUGCAAAUUUGAGCUUGCAGUUCAGCCCCAACCAUUUGGAAGAUGAUGAGUACAGAAGGGGACUGAGGAGUAAUGAUGAGGUGGAUUUGGAGCUUCGACUUGGGCAUGGAUAA